CUGAGAGGAGCUGCUGAGUUUUGGCGGAACAGGAGCAGAGCAGGAAUAAUGGAGGAGGAAAGCCGGGACACGGAGAACAGCAACGGAGAGGAGUCCUCCUCAGCUCGCGCUGAGCUCCAGAAACGUGGUGACCACAAGAGACCCGGACAUCAUGGCUCCCAGCACCAUGACAACGCCUCAAACAAGAAUCGGAAGAUUCACAUGGAUGACAAACAGUACAGCUGUGAUCAAUGCCCAUCCACUUUCGCUCGACUACAGACUUUCUUAACGCACCAGCGUGUUCACACAGGAGAGAGACCGUACAGCUGUGACACAUGUGGGUCAGCUUUCACUCAGUUGUCUCAUCUGAGGAGGCACGAGCGAAGUCACACCAGGAAGAAACCAUUCAGGUGUGAUCAGUGCCCUUCCACUUUCAAUCAACAAAGUGGUUUAUUGAGCCACCAGCGUGCUCACACAGGAGAGAGACCGUACAGCUGUGACACAUGUGGCUCAGCUUUCACUCAGUCGUCCCAUCUGAGGAAGCACAAACGAAGUCACACCGGGGAGAGGCCAUACAGCUGUGAUCAGUGUGGUCAGACUUUUACUCUGAAAUGUAGUCUGAACACUCACUGCAUACGUUUGCACACAGCAGAGAAACCAUACAGCUGCGACCAGUGUGGUAAAACUUUUGCUUUGAAAUUUUCCCUAAAAGUCCACCAGCAAAUCCACACCGGAGAGAGUCCGCCCUGGUGUGAGGAGUGUGGAAAACCUUUUUCCCACACGUGCUUCCUUAAAAAUCAUCACAGAGUUAUCAUUGGAGAAAGGCCGUACAGCUGCGACAAGUGUGGGAAAAGUUUCAAGCAGAAGUGUAUUUUACAAAAACACAGCAAAACUCACACUGGAGAGAAGCCAUACAGCUGUGAGGAGUGCGGGCAGAGUUUCACCCGCCCGUGUUCCCUGAGGAAACAUCAGCGUAUCCAUACCGGAGAAAGACCGUACAGCUGUGAUGAGUGUGGGAAAGCCUUCAGUCGGCAGUUUAGCCUGACAUGUCACAUGCGAAUCCAUACAGGAGAAAAACCAUACUGGUGUGAGGACUGCGGGCAAACGUUCCGUCACAAGGGCACCUUCAAACAACACCAAGAACAACAUCAGAUCAGGGCAGAGAACUUGGAGCCGGGAUCAGCAGAAGUCUCUUUAUAAAGAACCAUUUCAUGUUUCACAUAGAAGAUUUUCAGAUCUUCUUCCUGUUUAAUGUCUGCAGUGGAAUUCCAUAUGAGUUUGUUCUAUUGUUUAGAACAUCAUAAACACAUUUGUGUGGUCUGCUUGUUGCAGUGUGCUGCUGUGAGGGGAAAAAACGCUGAAAAACAGAAAUGAAUAACUUUCUGUUGCACUCUUAAAUUAAUACUGUGAAUAAUACCUUAUAGGAGAUUUAAAAACAAACAAACAAACACCCAAUUAAAGACGACAAACAUUUAUUUAAUGUAGGCACAGAAAAUGAGACUGACCAGAACCCACCUCCACAAACUUGCUGUAAAACCAGAGAAGAAGAUGCCCUCAGGGAUCCACAGACCACCAGGAGCUGCUCACAGUUCUGCAUAUCGGGCAUUUCAGAGCCCCCAAUCAGAACCCUUUGCUCCUGUUAGGACUAUAAAUGGCACACUUCUUCUUUAAGGACCACAAACUUGUGCUUCCUGUAGAAGCUGCCCUGAUCCUGCCUUUUUCUGAAGCUAUGUUGUUACAGUGCUGAACCACUACCUGGGGGGAAAAAACCUAAAACAAAGUAAAACUGCAUUUGUUUUACUUUUUUUUCUGCUGCAAAGUAAAGUUUGUUUCCUUUUCAGGGCCUGUAAA